AUGACACUAAAUGAUCGACCUGAACCGAACCGAAACUGUAUAAAAUUCGAGAUCAUAAGAAUAAACCGGAUUGGACCGGACCACAACCGGACUGUGUCUGUAAACGCAACCGCGCUCCUCUGGUUGCAGUUGAGAGACGACGAGCAUAAUACGAGGCGGUGGUUAAAGGGUUGGCCGGAGAUGCUAUUGUGCGUUCCGCCGGUGAAGCUUUUUGGGUUUCAGCAAAGGCGCAAUUUUCGCUCUUUAGCAAAUCGUUUCAGCUUUAACGGACAAUCAGCUACAGAGCCCCAAGCUCAGGCCUCUUUGGAUAAGGAGUGCAUUGAUUUCUUACCCUGGUUAGAGCGGAUUGCUGGAGCCAAGAUAACUAACACGCUUUCGAUUGGAAAAUCAGUCUAUGGCAGGGCGUUGUUUGCCUCAAAAGUAAUUCAUACCGGGGAAUGCAUGCUGAGAGUCCCUUUCAAUGCGCAAAUUACUCCGGAUGAGCUGCCACCAGAGAUUAGAGUUUCAUUGACCGAUGAAGUUGGAAGCAUUGGAAAGCUUGCUGCUCUUCUUAUGAUCGAGAUGAAAAGGGGUCAAAACUCUCGAUGGGUCCCUUAUAUCAGCCGACUUCCUCGGCCUGCAGAGAUGCACAGCACGAUAUUCUGGGAUGAAGAUGAGUUCAGCAUGAUUCGUUGUAGCGCAGUUCACAAGGAAACUGUAAAACAGAAAGCUCGGCUAGAAAAGGAAUUCUCACUUGUAUCAGAAGCAUUUGAGCAACAUCUUACUAAUGCGAUUGAACGUCCAGCUCUGGAAAAUUUCAUGUAUGCCUAUGCUUUAGUGGGAUCUCGUGCGUGGGAAACCUCAAAAGGCAUAUCUCUGAUUCCGUUUGCAGACUUCAUGAACCAUGAUGGUCUUUCUGCAUCAAUCGUUUUGAGCGAUGAAGACAACCAACAAUCAGAGGUCACUGCAGAUCGUGACUACAGUCCUGGUGAUGAGGUGCUCAUUAGGUAUGGAGAAUUCUCCAAUGCUACACUCAUGUUGGAUUUUGGAUUUACCCUUCCUUACAACGUUCAUGACGAGGUUCAAAUCCAAAUGGAUAUACCACAAGACGAUCCUCUACGCAACAUGAAGCUGGGACUUCUCCAGACACAUCACACUCGAAGUGUCAAAGAUAUCAGUAUCUUCCACUCUUCUUGCGAUACGUUCACAAUCAAGGCAGUGAAAUCUGCUAAAGGGAAAGGGAAAGGAAUUCCGCAGUCUCUCCGAGCAUUUGCACGUCUUCUCUGUUGUACCUCUCUUCAAGAGCUGGAUGAUUUGUCAAGAGAAGCUGCACAAAAUGACGGUCGACUAGCUCGGCUUCCCUUUGAAGAUGGAUGCAGAGAGUUGGAGGCACAUAAGAUCAUUUUGUCUCAUAUCAACAGUUUAAUCGAGGAUCAUAGUGCUUGCAUCGAGGAACUGGAAGCAUAUAAUUGCCGUUUUGUAUCACAGAGGUCUGCUAUUAUUAGAAAGCAGAUGGCAAGAGAUCUCCUCUUCGGUGAGCUUCGUGUUCUGACAUCUGUAGCUGAUUGGCUCAGUCAUUAUUGCACAGGCUUGAAAACUUGA